AUGGCAGUCGAAUCUCAAGUCAACGAUGGCCAGCAGACUCCAGCGGUGGAGGAGUCUGGACCGAGAACGGCCACAGAGGCUAUGCGAAAGCUAUGGACGCCUCGAAAACUCGGUAUCGCUAUUGGAUGCCUCCUGGUCAUGAACUUUUUCAUGAACCUAAACGUGUAUACCCAGAAUGUCUACGAACCAUACGCGACUAGUCAUUUCGAUGGCCAUUCGCUUCUUACCACUGGCUCCAUCGUCAAUGGCAUCGUGCGAAUCGUAUCCUACCCUCUUCUUGCCAAGCUUGCCGACCAUUUCGGCCGCCCCCAAGGCUUCGGAGGAGGUGCUUUAUCGAUGGCCAUAGGCAGUGCCAUGUUUGCGGCCUGCCAGAACGUCGACACCUUCCUUGCUGGAGGAAUCUUUGACUCGUUUGGCGAUACUUGGUGGAACAUUACCCAGCAAAUCUUUGUCGCGGACGUCACCAGCCUGGUAAACCGAGGUCUCCUAUUCACCCUGCCCGAAUCACUCUCGGCCAUUCCUACGCUCUAUGCUGGAACGUACCUCGGCGAGCACAUGCUCCUAUUCUCGUCUUGGAGAUGGGGUUAUGGCAUGUGGGCAAUUAUCCUGCCCGUUACUGCGAUCCCGACUAUCUCUAUGAUGCUCUGGAUGGGUCGCCGGGCCAAGAAUAUCGGCUUGAUCACCGAGAGAUUGUCCCUCCUUCACGGUUCUCCCUCUGGUGCUGUCGGCAAGGUGAAGCAUAUCGCCACCCAGCUUGAUCUCAUCGGUGCUCUUCUCCUGAUCGGCGGUUUGGCCAUGACUCUUCUUCCCAUGACCAUCGCUGGACGCAGAAACACCGACCGAUGGGAAGAGCCAUCCUCCAUCGUCCUCCUUAUCGUCGGUGUCUUGACCUUUGUCGGUUUCCUGGUCUGGGACGGAAAGUUUGCUUCCAAUCCCAUCAUCCCUUAUCGAACCAUCCGAGAACGCAACGUCAUUAUCGCCUGUAUAUCUGUUAUCGUCAUCGCCAUGUCCGACAGCAUCUACAGACCGUUUCUCUCCAGCUUCCUCCAAGUUGCUGGCCAUUACUCCCCGGGAGCUGCUACACGAGUCGAUAACGCCCAGCGUGUGGCGUACAACAUCGGUGCCCUGUUCUCCGGUCUUUGCCUCAAGUACGUCAAGCACACCAAGCCUUUCAUCAUGCUUGGUGUUGUUUUGAUCAUCCUUGCUUCUGGCCUGCCCAUCUAUCUCACCAACAUCUCGGGAACGCAUAUCGCCAAUGAGCCAACCUUUAUCGUUUCCAAGACGCUACUUGGAGUUGGUCGUGGUCUUGCUCAGGUCUCAUUGCAAGUUUCUCUGCAAGCCGUUCUCGCGAAUGAGCAGAUCGCCGUCGCUACCGCUGUCUACCUCUCUUCUCUAGGCUUUGGCUCCAACCUCGGUGUUACCAUCAGCGGUGCCAUCUGGAACUCCCUUCUUCCCCGGAAGCUCAACGCCAACUUUGGUGAAGAAGUCGGCAGAAAGAUCUUUGGAUCCAUUGUCGUUGCUCAAAAGUAUGAAGUCGGCAGUCCCGAACGAAACGCCAUUGACAAGUGCUACCGCCAAACACAGCAGACAUUGGCUAUCGGAUCCGUCUCUGUGUCUGCACUCCUCCUCCUCCUUGCUUUCCUGGUGCAGAACGUCAAGCUUGGAGAUGAAGAUACCAAGAGAGCGGCACAGGCAGACGAGGAGCUUGCAUGGGCCAUUAAGCAAAAGGAGGCGCAGGAGGAAGAACCCGUUGAGAUGGAGAGGCAGCAGCGACAGUAG